AUGAAAAGACGUGGUUGGUUGCUGAUAUCCUGGCUCGUGGAAUUUAAUUAUAUUGAGCAUGGUGCUCCACCUCUAACACUUAACGAAGAACUCUGUGGUCACGCGCAGUUAUGGGCUAAUAAACUUGCUGAGAAAGGACAUAUCGCUUUCUGUGAGCAGCAAGGAAUUGGUGAAAAUAUAACAUUUUUUCCAUUGGAUAUAUCUGCAGAAAAAGUUGUUGAGCAUUGGUACAGUGAACAUGUGAAGUACAAAUACGAAACACCAGGCUGGCAAUUAGGAACCAAUUACUUCACUCAGAUAGUGUGGAAGGCUUCAAAAGAGGUAGAAAUGAAAAAAUAUCCAUGUUUACAGAAUGCCAUUGUUAAUCAAAUAGGCAUAGGACGGUCAAUAGUAUGGAACGAAGCAUCACAAAAUAUGGAUGACAGUGUAAAAGGCAAAAGAGAGCAGGUGAUUGUAGCAUUUUAUAGUCCAGCUGGAAAUAAUAACCGAUUUGGACAAUUCGCCAGCAAUGUGCAGAAGCCAAGUAAUAUAUGCACCAGUUAA